AUGAACACCCUGCUGAGCGUUCGCCUGGUCACUCGCCUGAUCACUCUCCUCCUUGCCCGCUUCCCCCCGUGGUGCCUUUUAAUUAACUAUUUGCUUUCCCUGCAAGGGUGCCUCCCCCAUAUACUGCACAGGAAGGACGCAGCAACAUGUGCCAAGCUUAGAAGGGUACACCACGUGAGGGUAUUCCACGGACACCCCGGGGGGGAAGUUGCCUCUUCCCUGCACGACAUCAAAGGGGGGGUCCAUUUACCAGCUGCCAAUCGGAGGAAGGUGAGCGAUAUGCAGUUUAUUGUCACCAGUUGGACGGGUACCAAACGGGGCGCUACUUACAAAGUGCGUUUUUUUACACCUGAGCAGGGGAGGCAGUUCGAGGGGGGGGAAAGCAAACGGGGGCAGCUGCAUGCCACGGAGGGGGGCGAAAAUGGGCGCGGAGCGGGUGCCACUGAGCGGCACACGCCGAAGCAGCAGACGCAGACGCGGAACCCCCGCCUCUUCGAGACAACCGCAAAGACAAACGACCACGACCGAGAGGAAUGCAAAACCUAUGAACAGUCGCUGCACAAAAAAAACAUCCACGCCAUUUUGCUCUGCGGAGGGAUCGGGCAAAGAACCGAGUUGGCUAGUCGAAAGCAAUUCCUAAAGCUGAAUGAUGUCCCCCUCUUCGUCUACUCCUUUAAUUUGUUUGUGAAAUGCAAUUUAAUAAAAGCUAUCACCCUUGUGUGCGACCCGAACUAUUUCCAGCACGUCAUCGAGAGCAUUAACAGGCAUAACGCUUCUCUUCUGAGGAGGAAGCACCAGAGGGGGUUCCUGCGCAGGGGUCACUCGAAGAAUGUGUUGGCCUCGUCGGGAGAGCAAUCCGAGGGGGAUGCCAGCGGAGCUCUCCAUUUUUUAAAAAAAAAUAAAUAUAUCCUGUAUGAUAAUGAGAAGGGGAAGUGCGUCACCAACUUGGAUGAGCUGCUCAGCGAUGUGACGGCCACGAAGGGGCAAUACGUUUCAGAGGUUGACGAGGUGGACGAGGUGAAGCCAGGCGAUGUUAACUCAAAUCGGUACAAGCUCAUACGGCUGGUGGAGAGCGGCCGCGAGAGGGCUGACUCCCUGUUGAAUGCGCUGCGGGGGCUGGACUUGCGGGUGCAAACCGGGGAGUACAUCAGCCAGCUGUUGCGGGGGGGUGGCACGGACGAAGCGGGAAAAGGGGAUGGCGCGGAUAAAGGGGAUAAAUCGGAUGGUGUGGAUGGGGGCCACCCCGCUGACUGCACACCCAUCUCGCACAUCCUGGUGCACGACGGGGCGCGGCCCUUCCUGUCCGAGCUCGACCUCUUCAACCUGAUUUACAUGGCCACCAUCGGGCGCAAUGCCAUUCUGGGAUCGCGCGCCACGGACACCAUUAAGCGGAUAGGCACCGAGCAGCAAGGGGAGAGUUGCCCCAGGGUGAAGGCCCACAUGGAUCGGCAAUUCAUAUUCGCAGCUCAAACUCCACAGAUAUUCAGCAGCCAAGCGUUGCUACAAGUGUGUGCGAAGUUACCUUCCAGAAGAGGAGGGGAAACCCCAGAAGGGAGCAGAGCCUUCACCGAUACCUCCUCCCUAUUUCAACACGUUACCAAAAAGAAGGUGUUCGCUUUGCAGGCAAAAUUUCCCAAUUUUAAAAUUACAACGCCGACGGAUGUCUUCCUCGCCAUCUUUCUGAUGGGAUGCAUUUUUAAAACUUCUCAUUCCGACGUGGACAUGGGGAUGUUUAAAGAAACGUUCGUGAAUUCCCCAUCUAGCUGCGUGCCUGCCAAUCAGCUGAACGACCAUUUCUUUUACCACUCCCUGGGGGGGAAGCAGCGCGUCCUGUACCGCCACUUUUACUACGAGUAG